UAUUCGUGAAACUGUUAUUAACUAAAUUAGAACAGUAAAAUCUACCGGCAGUGGUAAUAACAGGCCAAUAGUAAACUGUUGCACGAGGUGACAGGCUUGAGUUUAGUUAGCUCUGUGCUAUCUAUGUAGGUGCAUUAGGGUAAGUUAAAAGUACCAGCCUAGUGCACUAAACAGUGAGUGAUGAAGGAUUGAGCUACAGACUAAAGUCAUUUACCAUGUCUGAUUUUAAAAUAGAGCUACAACAAAGCUCAGAUGUACAAGUCCAGAGUAGCAGCAUUAAGAGACGUGUAGGAGUGAUAGUGACAUGUGCACUGGGAGGAUCAUUAGUAGCUUUAUAUGCUGUUGCUGCACCGUUCGUUGCUCCAGCAUUGAGGAAAAUCUGUCUGCCAUUCGUCCCCGCCACCAGCACUCAGGUCAACAAUGUCCUCAGCGUGUUAAAAGCAAGAUCAGGGAGCCUGGUGGACAUUGGAAGCGGUGAUGGACGAAUAGUUAUAGCUGCAGCAAAGGAGGGUUUUCGGGCAGUUGGCUUUGAGCUGAAUCCAUGGUUGGUGUGGUACUCCCGUUACAAAGCAUGGACACAAGGAGUUAAUCAGCGCACCUCUUUUCACAUAUCUGAUCUUUGGAAGGUCAACUUUUCACAGUAUUCUAAUGUAGUAAUAUUUGGAGUUCCACAAAUGAUGGAGCAGCUGGAGGGCAAACUACAGGCAGAGCUUCAGUCGUCAGCCAGAGUGGUUGCGUGCCGUUUUCCCUUCCCCACGUGGACUCCUGAUCAUGUAGCUGGAGAGGGAAUAGACACUGUAUGGGUGUACGAUGGCAAGACAUUCAAAUCUCACAAAACCACAGGAGAGCUGCUGAAUGCCACUGAAGUGAACAAGGAGCAUGAAUGAUAGUUAGAAAGCUAUUAAAUUAAACAGACUGAAUGGAUGUUUAUACAUGUAUUUAUAAUAAACCAAUGCAUACUUAA